GCCUAGCGUCGGACUGAGACCGUGCACCGCCUGUCACCGCCAUUCCAUCAUAUCUAUCGCUGGGAAGGCGCUGCAGUAUUCUCGUGAGCGGGCCUGCAAGCGUCAGCAGCACAGCUGAGGUGAGUGAGCAAACAUUCCUUACAACGUCGCCAGCAGCCAUCACGUAAUUUCAGGCAGAAGAGAGCGGACCGGUGAACGGUAAAAGAACCUUCUUCCCUUUGACUCAUGAUUGGGACAUACAUCAGUCAUAACCUAGGCUGGCCACCGGAAUGAUCACGUGAUUCGAUCCUGCCUACACAGUGCCGGCCUACCUGCGUAUGAGAGAAGAUAGAGAGCUCGGUCGCGGUCUCUCGUCUGGCUGGUGCAGCACCAAUUCCCAUCCUAUCCCUUCGCCAUCAUGGUGCAUUCUCGGACCGCAGUCGCCUUGGAAACCUUCGAAUACCUGUCCCCUCUCCUGGUAACUGUGUACUUUCUGGUCGCAAAGACCAUUGCGGCAUGUAUUCUUCAAGAGCCGAUGAAGACCGCUGGCGAUCGUAGCCGACGGUAUUUCGCUGCUUGCCUGCUCUUGACGUACCUGGCCGCCAUCGUCAGCGAAGGCUUUACCUUGUUUGUUGGGCAAGAGGGCUCCGUUACCACGCAGGCGACUACUGUCAAUCUUCUGACGAGCUUCUUGGUGUAUGGUGCUCUUACACUCGGCAUUCUGGAAAACCAGAUGCCGCUCUGGCACCCAUACGUUGGCGCUUUCGCGGUAGGCUUCGCGACAGAAGUCUUAAUGGCUACGUUACAGACCCUGUCGACAUCCGAUGGUACCUCAGGAUUGCGGAUAGUAUUGCACAUCAUUCGAACGCUGGCUCUGCUUGUACUGGCUGUAGUCGGGUCGAUAUAUGUGUUGUAUAAACGCCGUUCACGCAGCAGACAUCUCGACGAGACUGAACCGCUUCUGGCAAAUGGAGCCGACGGCCACGUCUUCAAGUCUUCCUCAUCAUCAGGAUACGGCGUGGAUACGAACUCGUCAGCACUGCACUCAGGAGGAGAUUUAGAAGACGACGAUGAUGACAUCUCAGUCGCCGCAAGUGAUAUCGAGGAUGCCAAGCUUGAUAAGGAGCUUCGAGCACAACAGCGCGCCAGGCUCCAAAAGUCUGGCAACUGGUUCAAUUACUUGAAAGACUUCAAGGUCUUCAUCCCCAUUCUCUGGCCAGGCCGCGAUCGAGUCGUGCAAGUAUGCAUGGCAGCUGUAGCUUGUGUGCUUCUGGCAGAGCGCUUCUUAAACGUGCUAGUCCCAAGGCAGCUUGGCAUCUUGACAGAACGCCUGGCUGAGAAGGCGGGUAGUGGCACCAUACCAUGGCCGGCUCUUCAAGUCUGGCUAGUACUGACAUGGCUGCAAUCCGGCGUCGGCAUAUCGCUAAUCAAGACGCUCGCCGAGCUUCGCAUACAGCAGUUCGCCUACAGGAGCAUUGGUACUACCGCUUUCCGGCACAUCAUGGGUUUGUCGAUGAACUUCCACAACGAGAAGAGCUCAGGAGAGCUCAUACGCGCAAUCGAGCAAGGGCAGAACCUUCAAGGUAUGCUGGAAUUCGUGGCUUUUGAGGUCGGCCCAAUGCUCAUUGACCUGACUGUUGCCUUCGUGUACGUGUACACGCUAUUUGACGUAUACAUGUCCCUAAUACUCCUGGUCGUCGGUCUCGCAUACGUGUGGAUUGGAGCGAAGACUACGCAGUGGAGCUUGAAACAGAGAAGGCGGUUUAACAACGCAUGGCGCAAUGAGGCGAAAGUGCAGAAUGAAGCAAUCAGCAACUGGCAGACGGUUUCACAUUUCAACCGAGGCACCUACGAGUGUGAGCGCUACGGCAAUAGUCUGACGGAGUUCAAUGCGUCAGAGUGGCGAUAUUACUUGGCCUAUUAUGUCGGAGGCGGCGGCCAAUCCUCCAUUAUGCUGAUAGGCCGUCUGGCUGCCACCAUCCUAGCCGCUUACCGAGUUAUCCAAGGUCGAGCGAAAGUCGGCGCCUUCAUUACGCUCAUUUCUUACUGGCACUCUGUGGAGUCGCCGCUCAUGCAAGUCUCGUACUCCAUUCGGCGGGUCUCACAGAUGCUCACGGAUUCGGAGCGCUUACUCCAGCUCCUGUUAACAAAGCCAACCGUCUCUAGUCCGGCCGACGCCCCUAAGUUAGUGGUCAAAGAAGGUGAGGUCGAAUUCGAUCAGGUCGACUUCGCUUACGACCCGCGUAAGCCUAUUCUGCAGAAGGUCAGCUUCAGGGCUAAGGCCGGGGAAACGAUUGCCCUUGUUGGGGAGACCGGCGGGGGCAAGUCGACCUUACUCAAACUACUCUACCGCUACUACGACGUUAACAGCGGUUCGAUACGCAUUGACGGACAGGACAUCCGCACAGUGACACUUGAUAGCCUGAGAGAUUCCUUUGGAAUGGUACCACAAGAUCCGGCCUUAUUCAACGUUACACUUAUGGAGAAUCUGAAGUACGCACGCCUAGACGCUACCGACGAGGAGGUCAUGGAAGCGUGUCGAGCAGCCGCAAUCUACGACAAAAUCGAAAGCUUUCCAGACAAGUGGAAGUCCACGGUCGGAGAACGCGGUGUCAAACUGUCAGGCGGUGAGCUGCAGCGUGUCGCCAUUGCAAGAGCCAUUCUGCGGCAACCGAAGAUUGUGUUGCUGGACGAGGCGACGAGCAUGAUCGAUGCGGAAACAGAGUCGCUAAUUCAGCAAGCGCUAAAGCGGUUGACGGCCGGCCGCACCACCUUCGUUAUCGCUCAUCGAUUGUCGACCAUCCAGCAUGCAGAUCAAAUCCUGGUGAUCCAUGACGGCCAAAUCGUUGAGCGAGGAACGCAUGAGAGUCUGUUCCAGGAGAAUGGCAGAUAUGUAGCAUUAUGGUCGAAGCAGCUAAGCAAGGAAGUCAAGGGUGUAAGCGAUGCGUUGAGCAGCAAGCGCGCAGAUGAGACAUAGAGCUCUUCUUGCGGGCAAUAAGACAAUGAAACAGCGCAAAGUCUAUGCAUACAUUCAGCAAGAACCGAUGCUGGGUGAGAGAACGUCUAUGAAUAAGGAGGACACUGUAUCACAACCCAGUGCAGCGAC